AAGUAAGUGUGGAAAGUUAUCGAGAUAUCCAGAAAGACAGAGUUAGAAAAGAAGAGGAGGAAGUGGCAGACGAAGAAGAAGUGAAGGGGUGAGAACAAAGAGAAGAAAGGGGGAAAGGAAGAAGGAGAAACAAGAGGUCUAACAACACUUGGUCCGACAUCCAUCAUCCAGGAUGGACAAAGUGGAGCGAGUAAUGAAGAUGGUGAAGAGGAUGUCGCCGAGGAAGAAAAGGAGAGAAGGUGGGAAAACCGGGGCGCUGGGAGAUCUGGAGAGCCCGGACACCUUGUGCGACGAACUCUGCCGCUUCAGCCUCUGCAUCAGUGAUGACGGACCAUAUGGAAAAACGAAAGACAUCUCCGGACCAGAACAGACCAUGGCCUCCAGAAGACACAGUAUACCAGAAGCUCUGCGGGGGGUGACUAUGGUGGAGCUGGUGAAGAAGGAAGGCAGUACGCUGGGACUGACCAUCUCCGGAGGUACGGACAAGGACGGGAAACCCCGGGUAUCGAACCUGCGGCCUGGAGGGCUGGCAGCCAGGAGUGACCAGCUAAAUGUCGGUGACUACAUAAAGUCAGUGAAUGGUAUCAAUCUGACCAAACUGCGGCACGAGGAGAUCAUCAGUUUACUGAAGAACGUCGGGGAGAGAGUUCUGUUGGAGGUGGAGUAUGAGCUGCCCCCUACAGCUCCAGACAGCACCUCAGGGGUUAUAUCAAAGACAAUCGACAUCUGUUUGCACAAGGAGGGAAACAGCUUUGGAUUCGUGAUGAGAGGGGGUUCACACGAAGACUGGCACAAGUCACGCCCCCUAGUGGUGACCUACGUCAGGCCAGGAGGGCCUGCAGACAGAGAAGGAACUCUGCGUCCCGGUGAUCGUCUCCUCAGUGUGGACGGCGUGCCGCUGCACAACGCCAACCACUGCGAUGCCCUCAGUGUGUUGUCUCAGUGUGGCCAGGAAGCCUUGUUCCAGAUAGAGUAUGACAUCACUAUCAUGGACACAGUAACGAAUGCCUCUGGGCCGCUGUUAGUGGAAAUAGUAAAGUCGCCGGGAGCAACACUGGGUAUCACGAUGACAUCGGCCAAUCAUCGGAACAAGCAGGUCAUCGUCAUCGACCGGGUUAAACCUGGCAGCGUGGUAGACAGAUGUGGAGCGUUGCAUGCUGGGGAUCAUCUGCUCUCCAUAGAUGGGACCUCGACAGAACACUGUACGGUCCUGGAGGCAACACAGCUAAUAGCAAGCACAACAGAACUGGUGAAACUAGAAAUCCUCCCCUCCCAUCAAACAAGGCUGACUGGGAAACAGCACGACACAGUGAAGGUUCAGAAGUCGGACCACCCCCACUCCUGGGAUCCUUGUGUGAACUUUGGUCAUACUCUAAACUCCAGCCUCUGCAAUACAAGCGCUACCCUCAACAAGUCGUGGACUGCUUCGAACAAUAACACCAUCAAUAGCCUCGACUACUGCAAGUCUCUAGUAUCAGCCAGUUUCUCCCCCGGCUCUACGACAACAUCGGGCCCCAGUAGCCAGAGCUCCAGCACCCUGCCAAGGCCCACAGUUCCAAUGAGUCCACGUAACUCACUGCUCAAACGAAGGCAGAGAAAGAAAGAGCACAAAAGCUCAUUGUCCCUGGCAUCCAGUUCAGUGGGUCCGGGUGGUCAGGUGGUUCAUGUGGAGACCAGUGAGGUGGUCCUAACAGGCGACCCACUCAACGGCUUCGGUGUCCAGCUGCAGGGAGGAAUAUUUGCCACCGAAACGCUUUCUGCACCCCCACUCAUCCGAUUCAUAGAGCCCGACAGCUCUGCAGAGAGGUGUGGCCUGCUGCAGGUUGGAGACCGCCUCCUGUCGAUUAAUGGGAUCCCCACAGAAGACGGAACACUAGAAGAGGCCAAUCAGCUUCUCCGAGACGCGGCGCUGACCAAUAAGGUCUCAUUGGAGAUCGAAUUUGAUGUAGCAGAGUCCGUGGUGCCGAGCAGUGGUACAUUCCACGUCAAGCUGCCGAAGAAAAGAGGAGUGGAGCUGGGGCUUACCAUCAGUGUCAGUAAUAAGCAAGGAGAGCCCCUCAUCAUCUCUGACAUCAAGAAGGGCAGCAUGGCCCACAGAACAGGGACUCUGGAGCCCGGGGACAAGCUGCUGGCCAUCGACAACAUCAGGCUGGAGAACUGUUCCAAAGACGACGCAGAGCAGAUCCUGCAGCAGUGUGAGGAGCUGGUCAAACUGAAAAUACGCAAAGAUGAAGACAACUCUGAUGAGCAGGAGACGUCGGGCAGCAUCAUCUACACAGUGGAGUUGAAGAGGUAUGGGGGCCCUCUGGGCAUCACCAUCUCAGGCACCGAGGAGCCCUUUGACCCCAUCACUAUAUCCGGCCUGACCAAGAGAGGCCUGGCUGAGAGGACAGGGGCUAUUCAUGUAGGGGAUCGGAUCCUGGCUAUCAACAGUGUCAGUCUGAAAGGGAAGCCCCUGAGUGAAGCCAUCCACCUGCUGCAGAUGGCUGGGGAGACCGUCACCCUCAAGAUCAAAAAACAACUUGACAAUAUAGAGGAUAGGAAGGCAGCAGAGGCAGAGGACACAACGGAAAACGAGAUCAGUGACACUGAAGAGGAUGAUUUGACGGACAGCCAACAGACCAAUAAGCUCUCAGAGCUUUACUCAACAACCAUACCCAGCGUGGACUCUGCCAUGGAAUCAUGGGACGGCUCAGGGAUGGAUGCUGGAUAUGGCAGCCAGGGUACAUACAACCACCAGGCAGCUGGUAUUGCCCUCCACCCCCAUGAGUGGCGUAGCGCCAAGCAACAGCGCAGCACCACACCUCCACCAGGUCGCCGGAAGAACUACCCGUUCAGUGACGGAGGCUUCAGUGAGGAUGACUGGGACAAACCACCGGGAUUCAUUGGCCAACAACCAGACGGUAUAAUGUUGGAUCAAGAUGACAGUUUCUGGUGUCAGGCGCUUGAGGAUCUGGAGACUUGCGGCCAAUCUGAACUACUCCGAGAGAUUGAGGCGUCAAUAAUGACAGGAACAGCCAUCAGUCUGGGUGUAGAAGGUGCUAACAAGCCUCAAGCUGAGCCCAUACUGAGCCACAGCAGGAUGAGCCCCAUGCGGAGGAACUCUCUCCUGCACCAGGGAAACCUGUUCCACCAGGGGACACACCUGCACGAGCAGGCCCACCUGCAUGAAGAGGCUCAGCUCCACCAAGAUGCCCACCUGCUCCAGGAGGCCCAUUUCAACCAUGAAGCCCACCUGCAGCAUGAGGCCCACAUGCACCAGGGCGCUUACAUCCACCAAGAUAGCCAAUCCCUCCUGCACCAUGAGUCCAAGCCUAAAGCCUCGCUGAGAGUGUCAGAGAGGACGUGGGAGUCUCGUCGGAUCAAAGAGGAGAUGCAGGGGAUUCUUUCCCCAACGCCUUUGGAGCUGCACAAAGUAACUGUGAUAAAGGACCCAGAGAUUGAUGACUUUGGCUUCAGCGUGUCUGACGGCUUCUUGGAGAAAGGAGUUUAUGUCAACAUGAUCAGACCUGACGGGCCUGCAGACCGAGCGGGCCUCAGACCCUAUGACAGGAUCCUGCAGGUGAACCACGUAAGGACGAGGGACUUUGACUGCUGCCUGGCGGUGCCAUUGAUCACAGAGGCCGGGGACAGACUGGAGCUGGUCAUCAGUCGUAACCCACUGGCUAAUGACGAUGACGACGCAGAGGACAAUAACAACGCAUUUGACCAUCAUCUAGACCUGUAACACACAAACACACACAACAAAGAGGGUCAGAUAAAUCUCUCGACAUACUGUACAUGCACAUGCAUACACUCUGCCACACUGGCAGGGGAUGUACAAUAACUGGUGAUGAAGUUGCAACUGGAACUGGCCCAAACCUACACCACACUCCACCGGCUUGCAAUAGUUCUACUCAAACACAGAGACUCCUUCAGGAACAAACACACACUGUGAAUUGCAUGCUCACACAAUCACCCCUUCACAUUCACACUGGGUAGAACUGCUGUCAUACAAUAUUAUUUACUAUGGAAGCACUGGGAUCGUGCAGAGAAACCACCAGGGACACUCUCAUUAAGGCUGGCUGGUGGUUCAGUGUUGUUCCAACAUAAACAAUCACUUCUUUGGCACUUUAACCAGCCAUUAACUGAUUUUUGACUCUUUAAAUAUUAUUUUUACUUAAAAAUAAUCAUAGAAACCUGCAAUUUGGGUGAUGUAAUUUUGGUUAUUUUUAAUGCAAGGUUCUUAAAAACAUCUAGUGCUCAAACUGCCUUGCUCAGUUUGCAGAUUCUAUUUGUUUUGUCUUGAAAAGUUAUUAUUGCUCAUUAUUAAGAUUGAACCAACAGUUUCUACAAUGUAGCCGUUGUGAGAGUCCAUACUGCUGCUAAGAAUCUGCUCAAUUUGAAGAGUUAUUUCCUGGAAACCUCAAGAUGAGCUCUCUUUCCAGCUGGCGCAUGAAGUUUGACUAUGUUAGAUACCUCUGCACAUAAUGGGGUCAGCACAGUGAUGUAUAUAAAUGUGUGCCAUAGUUACAAGGUCAAGACACUGAUGUCAUCACAACUGCCAACUUUUAAUUUUUAUUAUCCAAUCAUCUAAGGGAAGGGAAUAAAAGGGAAGGAUUUGUAUUGCUUAAACAUUUUCAACAAUGGGGCAGCUGUGCUUAUGGAAAUGCACCUUUUAUUAGAUUAUUGACCUUUUUUUUUUUUGCUGGAAGAGUUGCCAAUUUACAUUUCCCAAUCUGUCAAGACAGUUGUCUUUGAAUGCUGGGUUGGUAUCGACUCCGCUUAUUGCUGAACUACAAAGUCAAAGAGCAGUAGCUAAUAUGUAUGCAAUUUAAAUAGCAUUGGUCAUGGUCAGGGUUCUCAAUAAUCAGAAAAAAACAACUAUUUGUUUAAUUUAAGGUGUCUGUGAAGCACUUUUUACGAUAUAUCUAGUACCUCAUUAGUUUUAAUGAUAAUAAUACAAAAGAUGUAUAAAGCACAAAAUAUGUACUUGAUUUAACAUUAAAGAAUACAGACUAUUGGGGACAUUUGUAAUUUCCCCUUACAUACAAAAACAUUUGACCACGAGCACUGACUCAAAAAUAACAAAAGAGCCAAAGAUACAUGUCUUAACAGUAGAUCACACUAUGUAGAGUUCACGUUUUCUCCUGCAAGAUUCAAUUUAGCGUUUAUGCUUCACACUUGGACUGAUAUCAUUUUAAUCUAGCACAUAUUGCUGCUUCAGUACGAAUGAUAGUAAAAAGUACAAGCAUAGCAAAGUUUGAAUUAUUAUUUGACUAGAUUCUUAGAUAGGUAGUUGCUUCCCUUGUGCAGACCUACAGUGUGAACAACAAGGUGAUUUAAAAAGAUUACUGAAAGCAAGAAAUUAAUAAAUACCAAGUUGUGGCAAACAUGCUUCACAUAGCACCUCAAAUGAAUGACAUCUACAGUAUAGAUCAACCAUGAACACUAACUGCUGUUUGACUUUGUAGGAGGACUGACCUAUUUGCAGCACAACUAUCAUGAAUGAAGUGGACUGCAUCAUCUGCAUAGAGGUUGAAUUUGUUAUGAAGCUGAAGAGUAUGGAUGCUGUUUACAGGAUAUUUUCUUACUAAACAGAGCCAUUAUGCACAGAUAACACAAGGACAUGAAAUAUGUUGUAUUUCAUGUGUUUGUGUGUUUGGAUGUGACAUUCUGCAUCUCUGUUUCAAAUGUACAGGUAUAUUUGUUUGUCUACACAUUUCUAUCUUACUGGGUAUAUCUGAAAAGGGGGAUGCACAUUACAUCCAGCUCAAUUUGGGAUGAACUUUAGAUUGCAUUUUGCACAGUAACCUGGCAUUUGUCUAUUAGGAAAAGAAUUGCAGCGAGUUUAGAUCAAAUAAAUGCAACUAAUGGUCCUUCAACAUACGUACAUGGAGCUUCAGAGUAGUAGGAGCAACACCUUCCUCAAGUAAUUGCCAUUGUGGUAUUUUAAUGAUGUCCUCAUUGUGAUUGAAAAAGAAAACAUGAAAUGUUCCAUAUACUUUAAUAACCCUUUCAAUGAUUUCCCGCUUCUUUUAAAUAUUUCAAAUGUUUUUUCUGAGAAAAUCAUGUUUGGUCCAUCAGUUUGGCAUGGCAUAUGGCACUUCAUACUACAAUACCCAUAAGAUUUGGCUGCUGUUGCUCUGGAGAUAACGCAAGUCAGAAGUGCAAAUUUAUUAAACAAAUGAUUCACUUCUGUUGAAAAUUCCUCCAAAAUUGAGGGAAAUUAAAAAAGCAAUAAGCUUCCACAAGCUUUGAUGAAGAUUCAAAUGCUAAUUUGAAACUUAGAAGGGCUCCAACUGUCAGUGUGCCU